GGAGAAGCCUUUUGUAGCAAGAGAGAUUCCACGAUCUAUGGUUCCUCCUAGCACAUAUCCGUUGAUAAGUGAGACUGUUUUGGAAUCACUUAGUGAAGAUUUGCAAGAGUUACAUGAGAUGCUCGAGUGGUUUGAACCCGUACUUUGUAAGUUUUCAGUUCCUUUACCCGUUGAGUUGUUCCACUACCAAGAAGAAAAGGAAUUCGGGAUCACUAUUCAUCGUGAGGAUCUGAUUGAAUUUCUUAAGGGCGAUUCUCUGGAUAUUAGCAUUGUUCAGACUUUUUUAUUUUGUAUCAAGCAUAAACUGGAUGAACUUGGUUGUGAUGAUGUUGCAUUGUUAUGCCCAUCAAUGUGCUCUCAUAAAGCUUAUCAAAUUGACAAGAAGGGUACAAUGACAUAUUUCAAACAUGCCUUAAAUGUCAAUUUUGAGAAAAGAAUGAUCUUCUUGCCAUAUAAUGAAGGGUUUCAUUGGAUCUUGAUUGUGAUUUGUCCAACAGUUGAUAAAGGCUUCAUCUUUAACUCUAUUCUAAGUGGAUCUAGCUUUGCCAUACAAAAAGACUUGGGAAUAGCGUAUAGAGUUGCUUCUACACACUAUGGUCGUGGAAAGUCAAUCAAGUGGCAUGAUAUCAAGUGUGCAAGACAACUUGGGAGUACAGAAUGUGGAUAUUAUGUCAUGCGCUAUAUGUGGGAAGCAAUUUUUUAUCAAGGUAGCAUUGACAUCGGAAAGGAUUGGUCACCAAGAAGUGAAGCGUAUACCGUUGAAGAGUUUAACAAUAUUCGUGAUAUAUGGGCAAGGUUCUUUUUAGAUGUAGUUAUAAAUAUGUAGAUUAG